AUGGCUACGAAGCAUAACCCCGACCACAUCAUGACAGAGGGUCAGAUCCUUGUCGGUGACGAUACCCUCGAUGAUCUUGGGAAAGAAUUCCUCGAGGAUCUCUCUUACGGUACUCUGCCUGUGCUCAAUGAUGAGGUCGCGCACUGCGCUCCUGUCGGUACUCAAUCGUCCUCGUCGGGCAAACCGGCGGCGAAAAAGCUGUGUGGUGAGGGGCAGUCCUUGGCUGCUGGCCCCUCUGGGGUCGCUUCCGCGUCAACCUCGGCUCCUCCGCCGGUUCCCCGUGCGAGCUCUUCCGGUAGCUCCGACGCCACGCCUCCUGCGCUUGGCCGCGCGCAUGCUCCUUCUGCGCCUCGUCCGGCGCCUGCUUCUCACUCUCGGCCCGUGCAGCCGGAACCUGAACCCAAGCACGCUGCUGCUGGUGCAGCCAACAGCCUUGCUCCUAACGCUCGCUUUCGGAAUUUGCGUCGCCACCGUACGACGGUCGGUACAGUCCUGCACACGCUGACGCGGAACACGCAGUCUUUGGUGGACGUGAUCUUCCCUGAAUCUUCCGCCGAGGAUGUUCAUGCUGCGGUGCUUGCGCGCAUCUCGGCUCUCAUCACCGGUCAGGCCUUUAACGGUGUCAUCCUCUCGUACAAAUCAGCCGCUGGUGAGGCUAUACGGCUUCCCCGCCGUACCUACUCCAGGCACUCCUAUUCAUGGUUGUCUGCUAAUGAUGCAAGGAUUUUCCGUUCCCUGUUUCCGGUUACUGUUCGUCUGGCUAAUAACCGUGCGGUGGAAGUGAAAGUGUUCUCUGAUCCUAACCUGGAGUUCACGAUGGCCCGAGCCAGGGGCGACACUCACAUGGUCCUCCACAACGUGCCACUGGGGUACUCUCCUGAACGCCUGCGUAGCACUCUACUGGCUGGCGUGACCAACGCUGGGCAGCCUUGGCUUUCGGAUAUCCGCCUGUUUCAUCGCCUCAAAGACCCGUAUGAUGACUCCGCAUACUCCCAGCUGCUCGGUCUGCCUGUGGCAGCAGAAGGUGAUGUCGGCUUCGAGCGCAUCCCCGCGGUUCUCUGGCUUCCGGGCCAAGAGGACCCGGUGCUCCUCAACAUCUCGUCCCACUCUUGCUCCGUGUGUUCCAGACGGCUGAUUGGACAGCAGCCUGCCCCUGGAGCUUUCAAGAAGGACCCAGGCCUUCUUCUCGUUGGAGUGGACCUCAAUGUCGAGGUCUGGACGUGCUCUCUGUGCGACUUCGUCUGUGGCUUGGCGUUGGACAGCGCUAUGUAUAACAUUGCUUCAGAGACUCACCGCAAGCGCCUGCAGGAAUCGGCGCAUCUGCCUGCUGUCAAAGAGAAAUAUGGAGCCUAG